CUUCACCUCAGAAUGCUCUCCAGUACAGCGAGCAAUUACAGAAGUUGUUUUGUUAUUAACUUACCAGGUACAGCGGAGCUUCCUAAAGACAGAGAGGACAGCGGGCACAGUGGAUGAGGCGAGGAGGUGGACCGAGGAUGAAACAACAGCUAAAGCUAGCCUUGCUGAGAUAAUUCACUUCAAAUGAAAUGUAUAUGAUGACAGUUUUCCCUCAUCUGAAUCGGAGGUGGACUGGCUCUGGGCUGAAUUAGUGCUCCUCCAUUCUUCUGUGGGACUGCAACGAUGUUGGAAUGAUGUGCGCCUCCUGUGGGUUUACCUGGACAGGUAAUGGUGUCAGGAUGUCUGAGGAGAAGCAACGUUCUCUGUCCACCUCUGGGGAGUCUCUGUAUCAGAUCCUGGGCCUCGAGAAAGGCUGCAGCCAUGACGACAUCAAGAAAUCCUACAGGAAGCUGGCACUGCGCUUCCACCCGGAUAAAAACCCGGAUAACCCGGAUGCAGCGGAGAAGUUUAAGGAACUGAACAGCGCCCACGCCGUCCUGUCCGACCUCAGCAAGAGGAACAUCUACGACUCCUACGGCUCUCUGGGACUCUACGUGGCCCAGCAGUUUGGAGAGGACAACGUUAACACCUACUUCAUGCUGUCCACCUGGUGGGCCAAGGGUCUGUUUCUGCUCUGCGGGAUCCUGACCGGAUGUUACUGUGGCUGCUGCCUCUGCUGCUGCUGCAACUGCUGCUGCGGAAAACUCCGGCCAACUCCCAGCGGCGAGGGGGCGGAGCCAGAUUAUGUCUCCCCCGAUGACCUAGAGGAGGAGAUACGCAAUAAUCCAGAAAAUGACAUGGACGUGCCGAUUGUCCACCAGCCGUCCAACUCCAGUGAGAAGACGCAGCUGAUUGGUGAUGGACAUCGCAGAUAUGGAGACACCUACACCUGAGGGUGGAAUCAGACAGGAAAUGCAUCACUGCAGUGCACGAUGCGUCUCUGCAGUGAUCAGCAAACACGUUUCACUCUGAAAGCAGCCGUUUGACAUCUGAAGACAUCCUGAGACUGUGAAUGGGCUAUGAGAGGUCAAAGGUCACAUCUGUCUCUGAGGAUCCCUGCAGAUGUCAGACGGCUCAGAUAUUAACCACCACAUCUUCACUAUGGCUCCCACCUUUGAUCAGACUCUGAUUGGCUGUUGGAUAGUGAGAUAGGCGGAGCUUCUGGAUUUUUCUCCAAGAUGAGCAGAUGUCUGAUUACUGGUCACGUGAUGAUGUAAAUAACGCUUGGUUUUAGAGUUUAUUUCCUGUGUGAAGUGACACCUGUGGUCAUGUGACAUCGGCUGAGUUAAUAAAUGUUUGUGUGUGACCAGCGUGUCUUC